GUGUUUCCCCAGCCUAUGGAAGUACAGUGAAUACUAUGAGCUCUGCCCUCUUGCCGCAGCGACCUAACGCAAAGGACAAAAUCAGGACGAACGAGUGAUGUUCCACAUAAACGUUUGUUGGCGCUCAAACGAAGACACUGCGUGGUGGCUCGCACCGUCUACUGUGCUUUAAUUCGGAAGUAGAAGCUAGCAGCUAGCGUUGAGAAAACAGACAUCGAAGCACAGACAGAGGGCCCCGAGUGGCGUUCGAAGUCCCCUCACCGCUGGGUCAUCAUCGACGCCGUCGUCGUAGUAUCCAUUCUACGUGUGUAUCCUCACCAAGGCAAAGAAAGACACACGAGAAGACAUACGGAACAGCAGCCAGCGUUUUUUGUUUUGCUCCUCUGCCGCAGCCCGGAGGUUUGCUGCCCGGCAGAGUAUGCUAAAUAAUGAGCCAAAGGGACACACUGGUUCAUUUGUUCGCCGGGGGAUGUGGAGGUACAGUGGGGGCCAUCUUGACGUGUCCUCUGGAAGUGGUGAAGACCAGACUCCAGUCCUCCUCCGUCACACUUUACAUCUCUGAAGUCCAGCUCAGCACCGUAAACGGAGCCAGCGUUGCCCGUGUUGCUCCGCCGGGGCCUCUGCACUGUCUCAAGUUAAUCUUUGAGAGAGAGGGCCUGCGCUCACUCUUUAGAGGAUUGGGACCCAACCUUGUGGGCGUUGCACCUUCGAGGGCGAUCUACUUUGCUGCCUAUUCAACAGCCAAGGAGAAGCUGAAUGGCGUGCUGGAGGCAGACUCCACCCAGGUCCACAUGGUGUCUGCUGGGAUGGCAGGGUUCACUGCCAUUACAGCCACCAACCCCAUAUGGCUGAUAAAGACCCGCAUGCAGCUGGAUUCCAGGAACCGGGGUGAAAGCCGCAUGAACGCGUUCGACUGUGUUCGGCGGGUGUACCAAAUGGAUGGCUUGCGAGGUUUUUACAAGGGCAUGUCGGCGUCGUACGCGGGCAUCUCUGAGACUGUCAUCCAUUUCGUCAUCUAUGAAAGCAUCAAACGUAAGCUGCUGCAGUCGAGGGCCCAUGCCAGCAUGGAGGGCGAGGAGGAGUCUGUCAAAGACGCCCCUGACUUCAUUGGCAUGAUGCUUGCUGCAGCAACUUCCAAGACCUGUGCCACCACCAUUGCAUACCCCCACGAGGUCAUCCGCACAAGGCUACGAGAAGAGGGAAGCAAGUACCGCUCCUUCUUCCAAACUCUACUGACCGUACCCAGAGAGGAGGGAUACUGGGCGCUAUACCGCGGCCUCACCACGCACCUUGUCAGACAGAUUCCCAACACGGCCAUCAUGAUGUGCACCUACGAAGUGGUGGUAUACCUGUUUGGCCAUUAGCCCCCUGUCGCCAGUUUUCUUCCACUCUGUACAGACUGGAAAAUGUAGGCUUUUUGGUGAGGAGAAAAUGAAGACCAAAGGAAAACCCAACAAGCUGAAAUGGACCAGCAGAGUAGAAACAAGUAAUAUGUGAAACAUGAAAGGAGGAGGCCCUUUGGUACCAUUUCAACCUCUAGACUGCUAGUUCCCGUCCUUAGUUUUUCUGAAGAGAUAGAGUGCUGAACUUUGCCUUGGAUAAGAGAUGAGCUGACAGAAAGAAAGUUGCCUAACAGAAGGAGCCUCUGGGAAAAAAAGAUGAUGAGCACAAUUCAGUGGCCUUAAGUUUUGUUUCUAUGAGGGAUGAGUGAAUUACUGCUUUUCAUUCCUAUAGAAAACAUUUUGGAAGGGGGAAUGCUUGAAGAUGACUGCAUUUGGUAGGAAGAAUGAGAAGAACAAAAUACAGUGAAAACCCCCGCAUAUUCACAGUUCAGAAUUCACCUAGUCAGAGAUAUUUUUGGGAACCUAACUGCCGUUUUUGUGCUCCGGCCAAAUUACAUAAAACAACUGUUAUUUGUUGUGCCUUGAGAUGCGAUUUUAAUUUUUUCAGUGACCAUGCUUGUAACUCAAAACACAUCUCAAAUCCUCUUCACCCAUUUAAUUGAAUUGGAAUGCCAUUCAAUUCACUAAUCUGUUCCAGCCCCCCUUAAAAAAGUUUUUUUUAACAAGAAAAUUAACACACUAUUAAUAUAAUACAUUAUAAAAACACACGGUAAUGACAUACCAUAAUUAAAAUAUAAAGAAACAGUUUUUGCAACGUUUUUUACUUUAAUGCAAUGGACAUUGUGCAGCUCCUCCUGGUGUGUGCCAUGGUCACCUGGGGAUGGUACAAAGCAGACAUACUGAUGGCCAUUGCUCCUCAGUAAGCCUCAGUAUUAUUAGCACUUCGAAGAGGAUAAAGAACAUAUGCCUGAGUAUUGUUAUAGUGUCUCUACAUGUGUUGCACCACCGUUUGUGUUCAAAUACCUGUUGCGCAAAGGGUUAUACUUGUCACAGGGACACUGAUGCUAUUCAUUAGCCUGUCUAUGGCAUUUUGCAUUGUUUGUCAGCAUUAAGUUAAGCAGACUUUGCUUAGGCAAAGCUAUGUGUUUGUUUUGAAUACACAGCAUGUAAUUAUUUGUUUCAUGUUUAGUUUGACAGCUUACGUCACCUGGGAUUGGCAAUAAACAGCUUGAAGACCCAUUUUUGAAGAAUCGUUAGAUAUUUGCAAAACUGCUGCUUGUUAUAAAGUGAGUUCAGUUGAGUUUACCUUCACCGUACAAUGCUAUUAUCUCAAAGUUUUGCUUGCAAGUCAAAGCAAAGAAUUGGCCAAACAACGGCUCGUAUCUCGAAGAAUUUUUACGUUGGGUAACUCAUCUCAACGCACCACUGUAUUGCUUUGGCACCAUCUUGGUGCUACGAACUGUUGAAGUGAGUUGAGGAGCUUCAUUUAGACAAAAGUAGUCAUUUGCUGCCAUCUUGCGAUAUCUAUUGAAAAUUAUAGUACAUUAUAAACCUUAUUGGUGCAGUGUCAAUUACUCGCUUACUUUUGAGCAGGGGUUCAUUGUAGUUCUAAUUUGAAAAGAACAAACAUUCAACUGCGGGGCAGUUUAAGAUAGUCUUGUAGGAGUUGAUAAAUGCUUGUCCAAGGUACGAUGACAGAGGAAGCUUUUCUUUUUCAAGGAAUAUUACUUAUUCAUUCAUCUUUAUCAAGUCCCCAACUCCCAUAUCCUUAGAUUAUGACUUCAAGCAUUCCCCUUGAAGCAAUGGAUCCCACUGAAAUUACUUGAAAUGACCGAUCACUCAAACACCUUGUAAGGAUUAGACGGAAAAUCUCACUUUCUGUCUGGAUUCCCCCCCCCCCCCACCCCCCCCCCCCCCCCCGCCGACCCCCCCACACCCCCCUCCUGCCUCAAUGAUCCAGUGUCUGGUCAUGGUAAGAUCUGAAUUCAAGUUUUUUUCUGAUACUAUCAAGUCUUUUACGAGAUGUGAUUUGUGUGAUUGUCAAAAAGUACCAAAAUUAAGUAUCUUUCAGUGUAAAAUUGACAGUGCGGGUUAGUACUUAACCCCCAGAACCCGUAUUCGUAUGUGUAGAUGUAUUUGUGUCAACUCCGGUGAAGAUGCAGAUACGCAUCUACUGUAAUGCGUCUGCAUGUGUAAUAAAUAACUACUAAAGAUUACCCACCCCUGACACUUAACUUUUAAUUUCACAAGACAGUGGAGCUGGGAAUGUGGAAAAGCUCCUGUGUAAUAUGAACAGGUGUCAUUCCCUCUCCUGUGCCACUUCUUCCUAUCUUUGGCUUCCGGCCGAGCUGAUAACAUGCACUUUUGUGGCCUCUUUCAAGGCUUGUGCUUUGCAUUUUAUUGUGUGGACAGUUGAGUUGUGUACAUUGUAAAAGAAGAAAAAAAUGUAUAUGAAAAUAGUAUUUUGCGCUACUGUUCCUAUAGCAAAUAUAUUGUACAGUGUUGAGUACUCAGUAGUUGUGAAUCUUGCCCUGUGUGUAUAUAAUGAGGAUACUAUAUAUGCAUAUCGUUUUUUUUUUUUUCUGUCUGCGUAUGAGUCGUUAACACUUUGUUUUUCAUUUUUGUGCAAUUGAACCUUGUUCUGACAUGACAUCGAUUGUGUUUGACCCCCCCCAACGCCAAGCAUUAAUAUACUUAAUGCUGCAGGGCAAUUAAUUUCACACUUGACCGUGAGUUUGAGUAUAUUUUCUUUUCUGUGAUAGUUAUGGGUGUUUCUCAGUAAAGUUGGAAUGUUGUCAUUUGUUUUGUUUACAUAGGAGUACUUGUUUUCAUGUUCGAGUCUCCAUACAAUAUGCUUAUUUGGAAGUGUUAUACAAUGUGAGUGUUCAAAAAGGUGUAUAAUCCUUUUAAAAUAAUUUUCAAAGUUCCGGAAAUGUGAAACAUGUUCUUCAAGAGGAUUGUUCUUAACUAACCUGACAAUUUUCCCCCCAUAGAAUACAAAGUAGGCAUGGCAUGUUAUAUAGAUAAUAUGGCCCAUCUACACUCUCCCCCAGUGGUUUUAAUGCAUUCUUAGUCCACAAACAGAUUUUACCCAUUUCCCUAAAGAGAAUAAAAAAUGCAGAAAACCAAAUGUAUUUAUGCAUGAUUGUUCUUGAACACCAUUUUCCAUUUAUUGCAGUAUUGUUACAGGCGCAAGCCGAGGCUUGCGACGUUACUGGGAUUUAUGAAUUUUUUUGUCUCUGGUGACAUGUUGCUAACAUUUGGUUACGUUUCAAAAAACAAAAUAGAUUUGUUUAGACAUUAGUCAUUUAUUCUGUUGUAAUACUAAACGCAUACUGGACAGAUGCAAUUUAAAAAAAAACUUUUUAAAAAUAUUUUUUUUUUUUAAAUUAGACAUCAUUUCAAUGUUUGCAAUUGAGUGAUUUUACCUUGUAUGUGUUGACAGGAUGGUGAAGUUUGAUGGGGGGUGGGGGUUUGACAGCGCAAUCACUUUUUUUGUAUUUGUUACUAAAACAGAAGAAAAUAAAAUGAUUAGGAAAAUGAAA